AUUCGGAGCAAAGCAGGACGCAUAGACGCAUGGCAUAAUCGGCCGGGAAAGCAGGGUUAAUUGUCCUCUCGCAGUGAAAUGCUCCUCCGCUGGCCCUUACACCGUAUACUGCAACUGCAAAAACACAAGAAUAUCGACCUGCUCCAAAUGGACCCUGGAAAUCUGCUCUUAAACAGCUUCAGCGUCGAAGAGCAGCAGCAGCAGCAGCAGUCGGAGAGCCCCAAUCUAACUGAAUGGAUUGGCAUGGGGAGAAGCGGACCUUUCAACCUGGCUAAGCUGCAGCUCUGGAACUGGAUUUCCCUUGUGAUGCUUUCUCUCUGUCUGCUGUUCCGACCAGUGUACUGUCAGACAUGUCGGAUCCAGCGGUGUAAUGCUGAGUACGUGGCCUCUUCCUCCCCCUCCGGCGGUCUUCAGGAAGAGGUCCUCCCAAACGUGGACUACUGCAUCGCCCUGAGGGCCUACUCACUGUGCACCAGGCGCACCGCCCGUGGCUGCAGAGGAGACCUGGUCUACCAUUCGGCUGUCUUUCGCAUCAAGGAGCUCUUCGUCCAGCACAACUGCUCCAGCGACGGCCCUACUUCUUCGGCCAAAGCCCCCAGCACCUCCAGGCCAGCCGUGGUGGACGUGUGCGACUACGAGAGCCGGGCACUGGCCUCUGGCCCUGCAGCACAGCAAAAGAAGUAUGGCCACUGUGGAUUAUUCGGAGACCCCCACUUACGGACAUUCAGAGAUGAGUUCCAGACGUGUAGAGUCGAGGGCGCUUGGCCACUCAUUCAUAACCGCUACCUGUCGGUACAGGUCACAAACGUGCCGGUUGUGGAAGGAUCAAGUGCAACAGCAACCAAUAAGAUAACAGUCAUAUUCAAAUCCUUCCACGACUGUACUGAACAGAAGGUGUACCAAGCCACCACGGAGGACCUACCGUCAGCCUUCCAAGACGGCACUCGCAGCGGCGGGAAAGGAGGCAGCCUUUGGAUAGUGGAGGACGGUGGUGGGGGCUCGGGCGGGCGGCAGGUGAUGAUCCAGGCCCGCUACCUGGGUGCCUCCAUCAUCGUGCGUCAGGUGGGCCGCUACCUGACCUUCGCCAUCCGCAUCCCGGAGGAGCUAGCGGAGGAGAACGGCGGUCUGCAGCUGUGUCUGCAUGGCUGUCCCCGCAGCGAGGUCAUAAAGGCCCACGUGCUGACCCGGCAGCAGAGCCUGCGUCCACCACGGCUCCUCGGCUCCUGGUAUGAGCAGGAGGACGAGGAAGGCGGUGGGGGGGAGCUGAAGCCUGGCUCAGUUCCCCAUGCUGACAUGCUGGAGCGCGCCACCACCAAGUGCAGGGAGACGCUGCAGGUGGAGGACGUUUACUUCCAGUCAUGCGUCUUUGACAUUCUCACCACUGGAGACCUGGAGUUCUCCAUGGCUGCGUAUGGGGCCUUGGAGGAUCUGAAGGCACUUCCGCCCAGCACGCUGAAGCAAAGUUCACCAAGGACUCCAUACGUGUAUAACAGAGCCACUGCAGUGUCAUCGUCCCUCCUUGUCACUCUCGUCUUGGUGUUUCUCCUGCUGAAGUGACCAUGAGCGAGAGCUUGGAUUGCCAGACUGCUCUUUUGAAUUUGCUUCCAUGAAUUCGUACAGUUGAUUUCAUUUGGGAGAAGCAUUCUCAUUCACAUUUGUAACCCUUGAAGAACUGAAUCGAACCCAUAGAAACUGCAGGAGGGCAUGUCAAAAAAUGAAAAAACAAAAAACGUGCACUCACAAGACAAUAAUUCAACACUUUUUUGCGUGGUGUUGCGUGGAAGUAUGUUGCAAUAUUACACAUUUUUCUGAAGGGGACAUUACAGUCUACGAAUGCUGAGGGCAGCUAAUCAGGAUAGCUUCUUGAUUCUCAUUAUCAAGUAAAUCUCAGUAGGGUGGACAGUUUUUGUAACAGCACUAUUUCAGUGUUUUAUAAGUGAUACUCACUAAUGUCAGACCAUAGGAAGAAUAUAAAUGAAACAUGGAUAUGGCCCUGUGAUGGACUGGCUUAUACAGAUACUCUGACUCCAUUUACAUCUGCUCAUUUCAUGCGUCUUCAGUAUCAGGAUUAUAUCCAAUUAUAGAUUAUCCACAUAAAAUGCAGAUGUACAUGCACCCAAGCUGCAUUUAACAGAGACCUGAUCACUCAAAUCUAAAAUCUGAUCACUCAAACCACUUCAGGCAGUGUGGUCUGAGAUGCAUGUUAGCCGUCAGCGUCCCAAGCUAGUUAAGGUAAUGUGUCAGAUCAGUUUAUGUGUCAUUUUUAUAUCAAAAUCGCAAUUUGAAAGAGUGCCGUUUUCAAAUCGUAAGAGCUGUAUUUUUAAUUAUAGUCUCUUAACAAGGAGAAGUUUAACCUAAUAACACAGAGUCUGCAGGUUCUGCAGAUUAGGGCUGAAUGAUUUGGGCAAAAUGUCUCAGAAUUGCAGUUUUUCUGAUUGUC